GCGUCCAGCAUGGCGAAAGCGGCCAAGUGCGCCAAGGUGGAGGAGGAGGCGGCGGCGGGUGACUCGGGCGCCCUCUCCGCCUUCCUGGGCUGGUGCGGCGACGCGGGCCUGGAGCUGAGCGCUAAGGUCAGUGUGAGCAGAGAGGGCACAGUAGCUGAUUAUGGCUUGGUGGCCAGGGAAGACAUUGAGGCAGGAGAAGUCCUUUUCACCAUCCCAAGAACAGCAGUCCUUUCGCAGUACACAAGCCCCCUUUCUUCCCUACUAGAGAAAGAGCAAGCCUCUCUGGAGAGUCAGUCCGGCUGGGUUCCGCUCCUGCUUUCUUUGCUUCAUGAAUCCACAGCCAGUGAUUCUCGUUGGGGGCCUUAUUUGUCACUGUGGCCUAACUUCAGGGGUCUGGAUCACCCCAUGUUCUGGAGUAAAGAAGAGCGGGUGAGACUUCUGCAAGGAACAGGGAUCCCCGAAGCUGUGGACAAGGACUUGGCCAAUAUCCAGACAGAGUAUUCUUCCAUCAUCCUGCCUUUCCUGAAGGCCCACCCAGAUAUAUUUGACCCUGCAGUGCACACUCUAGAGCUCUACAAGAAGCUGGUGGCCUUUGUCAUGGCGUACAGUUUCCAGGAGCCUUUGGAUGAGGAAGAGGAAGAUGAGGAGGAACCUAAUCCCCCAGUGAUGGUGCCCAUGGCAGAUCUCUUGAAUCACGUGGCAGACCACAAUGCCAACUUGGAGUAUUCGGUGGAAGUAUUGAAAAUGGUUGCAACUCAGUCCAUCUGCAAAGGCCAAGAGAUCUUCAACACUUACGGGGAGAUGGCAAACUGGCAGCUCCUCCACAUGUAUGGCUUUGCUGAACCAUAUCCUGGCAACACAAAUGAUGCUGCUGACAUCCAGAUGCUGACACUAUGCAAAGCAGCACUGCAAGCUACAAAGACAGAAGCUCAACGGCAGCUGGUCUUGGAGCAGUGGGACUUCCUCUGCCAGAUGGAGAUGGUGGGUGAGGAAGGGGCUUUUGUGAUCGGCUGGGAGAGAGUCUUAACUGAAGAAGAGCUGGCCAUGGCGUUGAAGGUGCUGACUAUGUCUGCAGAUGAGUUCAAGGAGUUUAAGGAGCAAGAGACCCAGGAACCCAAAGCAGGCGAGGAUGGUGCUAUGUGCCUGAUGCUCUCAAAUACUACAAUACCAAGACUUGAAGCCUCCUGGAAGAAGCUACUCUUUGAUGCUACACUGCUAACCCUGAAGUCAUACAGCUCAGACUUAAAAACAGAGGAAGAAAUGCUCAGAGACACACAAGUUUAUUCAAAAUUAAGCUGCCGGGAGAAGUUUGCCCUGCAAGUGCGUUACGGCCAGAAGAUGAUUUUGCACCAGUUGCUGGAGCUAGCAAGCUAGCCUAGCAGCUGAGGAAGAUGUGUUCGGACAACUCCCAUCAUCCCUGACCAGGCCAGACCAGCUGAGACUAAUGAAAGUUGGAGUCAAAGGACACCUGGAAAGCCACAGUUUUCCUACCACCUCCUAGGACCCCCUGUACAUUAAAUCAGCUGGUAAGACGGCCAAGUGAGACUCUUUCACUUGCUUACUGUCUAGAUGCUCUUCCUCAUCCCUGGGUGUUCUCGUCCUUCUAAUGUGUUUCUGAAGGUGAAAUUUUUUUCCUACAAACAUUUUCAUUGUUAAGUCUAUUAUUAAUAUUCUAUUUUACAUCUUGAAUGCCUUUGUAGCAACUUACUUUUUCCAACCUUCUUCCCAUCCCACCUCUGCCCAGCUGAGCUGCAUAGAUGUAUAGUUUAAGACUAGGCUUGGAGUUUUUAAACAAUAAAAUGUAUUUGUAUUGAUAAGUGAGAAAAGAUGAGAGUCCUGUGUUAUUGCUACUUUAAUGGACAAUCUGAGGAGUUAAGUCAAAUGAGUGGGGUCAAAUGGUGUACUGUAAAGUUCUAUCUCUCCCCUGGUAAAUCCUCAAUGGUGACUGCAGCACCAGGACUAUUUGUUUCUGAACCCUAGUUCAUGCCAUCUGAAGGUAGAAGGGCCACCACCUAGUGUACAUCCUGCUCUGGUCCUUUGGUUGUUUUUAACUCCCCUUAUUGGAAACCCACUUACUGCCCAAGGAAUCAGCAAGAAUAGGAUUCUUGUUUACAUUUUACUGAUGCCUCAAUUUUAUCCUCUUAAGAUAGCAGUUAAACAUUGUUAAGUAAAGUAACAAUAUAUUAGAUU